AGAAGAAGGAGAGGUGACGCUCAGAACAGCGACCUCAGGCGCACGGAGACGCGCAGAGAAGCCGCAGUCACAUCCAGUAUGGCGCUAUCAAAUGUCCUCGAAACUCCUGCAGCGGGGUUUAAUUUCGACAACGCAGCGAGGAAUGCUGCAUUAGAGGGUCUUUUUGAUGGAGGACAGACACCUAAACCUCUGAAAACAGGCACCACGAUAGCAGGAGUGGUGUUCAAGGAUGGGGUGGUGCUGGGCGCAGACACAAGAGCUACUUCCAGUGAAGUGGUGGCCGACAAGAUGUGUGCAAAGAUCCAUUACAUUGCUCCCAAUAUAUAUUGUUGUGGAGCAGGUACAGCAGCAGAUACAGAGAAGACCACAGACCUUCUCUCCUCCAACCUCACCAUCUUCUCUCUGAACAGCGGGAGGAACCCUCGUGUCGUCAUGGCUGUCAACAUACUACAGGAUAUGCUGUACAGGUAUCACGGCCAAAUUGGUGCCAAUCUUAUACUGGGAGGAGUAGAUUGCACCGGGAACCACCUAUACACAGUGGGGCCAUAUGGGAGCGUGAAUAAGGUGCCUUAUCUUUCAAUGGGAUCUGGUGAUCUGGCUGCUCUUGGGAUUCUAGAGGACGGGUUCAAACACGACCUGGAGCUGGAGAAGGCGAAGGAGCUGGUGUGUGCCGCCAUCCACGCAGGCAUCAUGAGUGACCUCGGCUCAGGCAACAACAUCGAUAUCUGUGUCAUCACCAGAGAAGGAGUGGACUACAUCAGACCCUACCAGGAGUCAGAGUACAAAGACAACAGGAAAAUGAAAUACAAAUAUCGUCCAGGCACGACGGCGGUUCUGACAGAGAAAGUAGUCCCCUUAAAGCUGGAGGUUGUACAGGAGACCGUGCAGCAGAUGGAUACAGCCUGAGCCACGAUGCACAAUCACACACAGACGAAAACAUUUAGCAGUCUUUAAUUACAUAACACUGUUAAACAUCUCAGACAUUUUAUUAACACUGUCAUCAUGGUUUCUGUUCUGCUGCUGUGCUUCACUGUGAUGUGAAGAAGAGUAGGCCACAAUGAGAACAAUAUUCACAAUAUGCAAUGAUAAUAAAAAAAUAUUGAAUAAA